AUGGCCGCUGAGCCUCUGUGCUGGUCCCAGUCUGUCCAAGGCGGUAUGUGCCCUCCUGGUAGCUGGAGCACUGAGAGGAAGCUCCCUCCCCCUGGCCUUGGGGUGCUCAACGAGCCGGCAACGGUGGCAUAUGAGCUCCCCCUGCAAAUCGCUUUCCAGAAGUGCGAUCAUAGUUGUUGGUGCGCCCCGCCGUUGAGUGCGUCUUUGGCUUGUGUGCCGCUCGCUUGGUUUCGCUGUGUUGCUGAGGUCGGUGGCGGUGCUGGUGGCGGGAUUCCCCCCCCUUUUUUUUGUUGUGUGCUGUGCUCCCUGGGAUUCAAGUUGUCACAACCGUGUGUGUGUCACGUGGGCGUGGGUGAUUUCUUGGUUUACUGGGUGACUUCCUCCCCACUGGCCCCUGUCCAUCCGCACCUUGGCAAGACUGACUCAGAGAGCAGAAUACGCAAUAAGAGAGCCUGGAUCAUAGAAACCUUCACCAUUGAGGAAGAAUACAGUGGCACUUAUCCAUAUCUGCUUGGUACAAUUUCUGUUACGAGUGAACACAGGGAGAACGUAAAUCUCUGGGGGCCAGGAGUCACAGAGGAGCCCACAGGCCUCUUCUCAAUGAACAGGCACACCGGAGAAUUUUAUGUCAACAAGAGGGUAGACUAUGAAUGUUUAACAGUCAUGAAGAAUGACACAAUAAAGCUCAGAUUAGAAGUGCUAAUGGAAUCUGGUGCGGUGGACGAAAGGCUGGCUGUUGUGAUAGAAGUGAAAGACAUAAAUGACAACCCCCCUCAGUUCUCCAGCGAUGUGUACGAAACUUCUGUGGAGGGAUCAGUGGCUCAAGAGACAACUUUGAUUAUGGUGGAUGCCAAAGAUAAAGAUAAACCAGGGACAUCCAAUUCAAUCUUUGAUUUCAGAAUCAUUUCUGUCGCCCCCAGUGCAACAAAUGUGGAAUUCUUUAUUCAGCAACAGGGAAAUAAUGGGGCUAUAUCCUUCAAGGGGUGUUUAUAUAAUGAGAAAGUUGAUAAAUACACCAUUGUGGUUGAAGCAAAGGAUCGUGGGGACAAGGUUCAACUAUCAAGCUCCAGCACUGUCAUCAUUCACAUUCUGGACAAAAACAACUACACACCCGUUUUUAGCAGUCGCACAGGUUCGGGUCGAGUGAAGGAGAGGGAGUCCGGGAUGUCUCCCCUCAGAAUACACGUGACAGAUAAAGACACAAAGGGUACUGCUGCGUGGAGAGUAAGAUACACAAUAAAGGGAGACAGGCAAGGGAACUUUGAGAUCCAAACUGACCCAGAAACCAAUGAUGGAGUCCUGACAGUCAUGAAGCCUCUAGACUAUGAAGAGAGUUCAGAGAGACACCUGUCCAUCACCAUAGAGAAUGAGAAGCCAUACUUCACCUGUCAGGUGAAAAGGAAGACUUCCAUUGGCCCCUGGGAGGUGAUCAACUCUGUGGCCACGCCUCUCUCUAAGAACUUUACCAUCAUGGUGGAGGACGCCAAUGACCCCCCAACAUUCACAGAAACUGUAAAAGAGGUCUGGGUGGAGGAAAACAAGGAGACUGGAUACCCUCUGGGGAGUCUUUUUGCUAAGGACCCAGACAGAUUCUUCUCAAGUAACAUCACGUACAUGAAGGGUGGUGACCCUGGUGACUGGGUGAAUGUGAACCUCCAAACCUGCGAGAUUACAACGGCUAGGACAUUGGACAGAGAAUCAGUCCAUGUGGUGAACAACACAUACACUGUAACUGUAUAUGCAGUUGAUAAAGGCAGGCCUCCUCUGACUGGUACAGGAACACUCAUCAUCCACAUAUUGGACCAGAAUGACGAAUUGCCUCAGCUGAAAGAGUCUGCUCUCUCCAUGUGCCUGUCGGACCGACCGACCACGGCCACAGUCAGCGCCUUUGACCUGGACGAGCAUCCGCACAGCGGCCCAUUUCGGUUUGAGCUGCUUGGUGACGUGAAGGAGGAAUGGGAUAUCUCCCCCACCCAUGGGACCACAGUAAAUCUGAGAAUGAAGAGCAGGGCUUAUACAGGGCUUCACCAGCUGCAGCUGAAGGUCUAUGACCUCGAGGGAAGCUUCUCUCUACAGACUCUCUCAGUAACCGUGUGUGACUGUUCUGUCACCCCCACCUGCAUGACCCAUGCAUCAGCCAGUACCGGAGUCAGUGGAAGUGCCACUGUGAUCAUGCUGUUUGCCUCACUCGUGCUCCUGGGUUUGCUGCUGAUGGCAAUCUCUGUCUCUUGUAAGAGACGCAUGUUCCAAAUAAUAAAAGAAGAUCCUAACGAGAGCUGGCUUUCAUUCAAUGUAGAAAACCCUGGAACUGACUGUGAGGUUCCCUGCCUACCCCUCCUUAUGCAGGCAGAUAACCUUCCAAUGGAGAACAGACUCAGACAUGUAAUUCAGAAAGGAGAACCUCCAGACUUCAAAUCCCCCAGAAAUAACUAUCUGCCUGUGAAUGGGGGUUUCACCAAGGAAGAUGAAGCCCUGUGGUCUUUGCUUGGACAGGUACUGCAGUACUCCCUAACAGACUGUCAGGAGCUGAGCGACUACAACCCCAGAGUUUAUGCUUACGAGGGAGAUCUAAGCCCUGAUGCACAGCUGGAGAGCAUCUGCACCGAUGAGGAAGAAGCCAACUUUUCGCCACAAGACCUCCUGGAACUGGAUCGGAAAUUCAUUAAACUGGCAGAGAUACUCAUCCCUCACCCAGCACUCCGCUGAAGCAGUUGGUUGGCCUAGAAAACCUGCCCAGGCUGCAACGUGAGUUGUCCUGUAAUGGAGCAGGCCACAGCUGUCAUAUCUAAUCCAAAAUUUCGGUCAUAAAUCUUCAUAACCCUUUACCUGGCUGACAUUUUUAUUCCCAAACAUUCCCAGAACUUUAGGAAAGUUUGGGUAACCGUUCCCAGCAUGUCCAUUUGUCCUGUUUUUUGUAUGUCCUUCUGACAUUAUCUUUAAUCCAGUGGACCAUUGCAGGAAAGGCCUUCAUUCAGUUAUGCCAAUGCUGGCAUUGUCAUAGCAAUGUAAAAAUAAAGUGCAUAAACAAAGCCCCAACGUUCAUCAACAAAGCUUCAAUGUUAUUAAAUCAAUAUAAACACAUUAUAUUUACAUUUGGCUGGUGUAAAUUUUGAGUGGCUAGUGACUGGAAAACCACUAGCCGCAGUGGUUGGUGAGCCCUCUGCCAGGAGGAAGGACAUCCUCGGUAUGUGACUAGCAUAGUCCCUAUGUGAAAUAGGACUGGACCAAAUAGAGGACAAUCACAACGUGUAAAAUACGGUAUAUAAAAUACAGUCUCCAAUGUAAAUAUCAGUAGGGAAACCAGGACAGAAAAUCCUGUUGUGAUUAAGUUCUUAGUUGAGGAUAACAUAGGGGACUCGCAUCUUAUCAGCCCCACCGUGAGGUGUGGCCUAAUUUAUUCCCCGUCACAGAUAGAAAACUUGCCAGGCUUGGUUUUUUUGAGAACAUCUCAAGAAUGUUUCGACUGGGUUCCUUCCUGUGCCUUCUUGUGCCUUCUGUUCUGAUUUGGCUCCAUAACCAGCUCAAACAAACCAUACUAAUACAGAAGCCUGGAUUCAAUUUCUCCUUAACUUCAUAAUUAAAUGCAAGUGGUCUUUUUGUUUACUCACAAACUAAAGAUUUCGUUUUUUCUAAACCAUAAAGGAAACCAUUGAAAGCAUGUAUUUCAAACAAUGACCCAGAUAUAUUUUUUAUUUUUUGGUGAGUACUAGAAUGUAUGUAUGGCAUGAGUAAGAAAUGCUUCCUUGGAAUAACACAGCUUAGGUGUAACAUUGUGUGACCUUAUAGACUGAGAAACACUGAAAUGAAAUACUGAUUCCAGUGUUAUGGUAACUGACGACCAUUGGACCAAAUAUGUAUCACUUGUGCGAAGUCAAAGAACUGCGGAAAAAGUUAUAUUUAUGAUAUUUAGUUGCUCAGCUGUUUUUAUUUUGAAAUUAAAUUUGAAACACCUCA